AUGGAGGAAGCGGCUGCUGAGGGCAUGCCGCUCUCACAAGAGCAAGGUGAACAGAAGCGUUUCGUGUUAAAACGGUGGAACGCGGUAGCGCUGUGGUCAUGGGAUAUCGAAGUGGAUACGUGUGCCAUUUGCCGCAAUCACGUCAUGGACUUGUGUAUUGAAUGCCAAGCGAGUUCUAAUGGACCUCGCACAAAUUGCAACAUUGCGUGGGGUGUUUGCAAUCACGCGUUUCAUACUCAUUGUAUUUCGCGUUGGUUGAAGACCCGCAAUGUGUGCCCCUUAGACAACAAGGAAUGGUCGUACCAGAAGUUAGGAGUGUAG